AUGGAUUCAGAUCAGGUAGCGCAUUUUCUGGAGCUCGAGGACAAGUUGUCUGAAGUACGAUCCAGAAUUAAUUCUAAGUUGAACAAUCACAAACAUGUGGCAAUCAUAUUAAGUGCGGUUGAAGAGAAUAUCGAUGAACAACAAUCCACCAGUAAAAACGUUGUUGCUUAUUUGGUUUCUUUCAUGUCCCUUUUGGACCAAAGUGUUGAUUCUAGGGGUGGAGGAGGCAUUGUGGACCAACAACUCGCUACGUCGUCGGUAUAUUUGCUGGAUAUGAUCUACAAAUACGCCCCAAAGGGUCUUUUGAAAUCCAAGUUUGCAGAACUUUUGACCAAAAUUGCACCUUGCAUCACAGACGAUAAUGCACAAGCACCUCUAAUUAGGUCUGCCAUUGGAUGUUUGGAAAGUCUUUUGGUGGCACAAGACGCGCAGGCGUGGAAUAAUACUCAAAACAUGAAUAUAGCACCUACCAGAGGUUUGGGAGGUCUUUUAGAACUUUCACUCGAUCACCGCCCCAAGAUUCGUAAGAGAGCCCAGGAAGCCGUGUGCCGUGUUCUGGCAAAUCCUCCUGCUUCUCCUUCGGCAGAGCAUAUGGCCGCCGGUAUGGUAGCGCAAUUUGUUAUUGACGCCCUGGGUUCAUCUUUAGAGUCGGUAGCUACGAAUAAGAAUACCCGCGAUGACUCAUCGAAGGAACAUGCAAAGUUAAUUCAUAUCCUCAAACUCGCUAGCAGUGUGCUGACCACUAACCAAUGGCCGUUCUCAAAAGUUGAUAAAUUAUGUGACCUUUUACUCGAGGCGCUCAAGACAUCCGAUCAAUAUCUCGUCUCCAGCGCGUUUUCAGUCUUCGAGUCUCUAUUUGGCUCGCUUGCAAACGCUGCAUCUCAAGGCCUUGCUGAUUCUAAGUUUAUUGCCGCUUUGGAUAUGAUUUUCGCUUCUAGACCUUCCAACAAAGAUUCCCAUUUGGCAGGAGCUUGGAUAGCUGUGGUAUCGAGGGGAAUUUCGACAUUUGCCGCCUGCCAGCCUCAGAAUUGUUUACAAAAACUCCCCCAAGUUUUCAACACUUUGAAAGUUUACUUGGAAAGUGAAAACGCUCAGAUUUACACAAGUGCUUCUCAAAGUAUGGUUGCAAUUCUCUCUGAGGGUAUCAAGGACGAAUUGCUGUUAUACCCACCUGCCAAUACACCAGAAGUUUUUGAAGCCACAGAGGAGUUUAUAGGCUCGCUUGCUGAAACGUUCGUUGACCUUUUAUCUAUUAGGUUCAUCCAUUGCGCCAAAGAGGUUCUCGGAGUUUUGGCUAUGGCCUUCACAAAAUUCAAAAUGAGAAGUAAUCCUGAUUUCUUGCAACCUUUAGAAAUCAUUGGAGAAUGGAGGAGUGACGAGAGUAGAUUUUCUGACUUACGCGUUGACAUUGAGGCUGUUAUUGCAGCAGCUAUAACCGCCGUGGGACCAGACGCAGUUCUCGGGUGUUUGCCAUUAAAUUUGCUAAUAUCUUCAGCCGGGAACCCAGGUAGAGCUUGGCUCAUUCCCCUUAUCAGAGACAAUACUCGCAACAGUGAGCUCAGAGUAUUUGUAAGAGAGUUGCUACCUUUGGCACAGCAUUUCGAAUCCGUGGUGUCUAAGUUGGGCGAGGAUUCGCUACAGAAAAAGGUCUUUGAGACCCUCAUUGAUCAAAUCUGGUCGACACUUCCCAGCUUUUGUGAACUGCCCUCAGAUCUCAAGACGGCAUUUUCGGAUGAGUUUGCCGCAGAACUGUCAUCCCUGCUCUAUUCGAGGGUCGAUCUUCGGCCUACGAUUUGCCGAGCUUUCAAGAACCUGAUAGACUCCAACAGGAACUUUAACCCUGAGUCCGACCCUAUGCUGGCUCAACGGCUUACUGAAAGUGAACGCGAAUCGAAUUUGGAAUUCCUUUCAGCAAAAGCGUACAAUCUGUUAGCGGUGCUUUUCAAUGUUUACUCCCAAACCACCGCAAACGCCAGAGGCUACGUCGCUGACACCAUAGACGUGGUUUUAGCGAUUGCGCCGGUCGAAGACUUGGUCAAGACUUUUGAUAAUACAUGUGCGUUGCUGAAAAACGCUCUGGAGCAAGAAGCAUUAAACAACACGAGCAGAACCAGUGGCCAGGUGAGCAUGAGCGCUACUUUACUGGACCUUGUUGUUUUAAUGGCAGCCUACGUCCCCCCUGAGUCUUAUAACGCUCUUCUCUCGAUUUUUAACACUACCGUAAAUUCCUCUGACGGGCUUUUACAAAAAAGAGCUUACAGAAUUUUAUCGAAACUGUCUGAAAACGAGAAGGCGGCUGGCUCGGUGGCCCAAUAUGUCGGUAACAUUGAAACAAUUAUUGUUGAAAGUCAACCAUUCGUCCAAACAUCCUCAAAAGCUGCUCGCCUUAACGCCAUUCUUUCAUUCGUUGACCUGCUCCCACAAGAUCAUUUAGACUUCAUUGUUCGCAUCGUUUCAGAGGUUAUUUUGGCCUGCAAAGACGUCAACGAAAAAUCUCGUGAAGGAGCCUUUGCGAUACUAACCAAAAUGGCAAAAAAAAUGUCAGCACCUGGCGGCAUGAUUAAGCUUUCCAAGAUUUCGGGUUAUGAAGCUGAAACGCCAGAUCAACGGGCUAGUUUAGACGAGUUCUUCAAAAUCAUUUCUGCAGGACUUAUUGGUGAAUCUCAGCAUAUGGUAAGUGCGACAGUGACAGCCUAUGCCUGCUUAGUAUUUGAGUUUCGCGACAGAUUGGACAGUGCUAUAUUGCUCGACAUAUACGACACAAUUGAGCUUUAUCUCACGUCGAACUCUAGAGAAAUUGUAAAAAGUGCGAUCGGUUUCGUGAAAGUUUGUUGCUUGGGUCUCUCCGUUGAACUGAUGCGUCCUAAGAUACCGUCAUUGAUUCCAAAACUUCUCAGAUGGUCACACGAGCAUACCGGUCACUUUAAGGCAAAGGUUAAACAUAUAAUAGAGCGUCUGAUCAGAAAAUUUGGCUACGAUUAUAUUGAGGCAAAUUUCCCAGAGGAAGACCUCAAGUUACUGGCAAAUAUCAGGAAGACCAGGAACAGAAGCAAGAAGAAGGGAAUCGACAACGAUGGUGCCGAUGCUCUCGGUAAUAGAAAAAGUCACGAACCCAAAUUCAUGUCGGCCUUGGACGAUGCUAUUUACCAUUCGUCAGACUCCGAGGAGUCAGAUGGAGAGGAGGAUCAUAAACAAUCUAAGAGUUACAUUGUUGAGUCGAAGAACAAUCCAUUGGAUUUGCUGGAUUCUCAAACUUUGGCUCACAUUUCUUCAACGAGACCUAAAAAGUUUAUCAAGAAUCUCUCUAAAAAUAAGGAGAAUGAGAUAUUCAAGUUUGACGCUGAAGGAAAGCUUGUUUUGAAGGAGGAGUCUGGUGCCAAAGCACAGGACGAUACCCUGUCGUCUGUUACCAGCGGAAUUAAUGCCUACCUUGAGGCUGUGAAACAUGGCCCUGUCAGAGGACAGAAGAAUAAGUUGAAAUUCAAAAAAGGUAAGAAGGUGGCCGAUGAUGAUAUCAGUGACGGUGAGACCGAAGCCAAGGUUGCGGGGAGAGUGGAUAGAAAAAAUCGGAAUGCGGCUAAGAAAGGUUCUAAGUUUAAAGCGAAAAGAAAAUUUUAG